ACCAGUGUUGUUCAAUUGUGUGUUUUUUAUGUGUGAUUGUCAUUUGGGAAAUAACUUUACAAUAUGAGGACUUUGAAUUUGUUAUAUUUGUAAUUUCAAGUUCAGCUAUGUGCAUAAAUUUCUCCAUUUGUCCAUUUUAACUACAUUUACAGGAGACUCCCAAUAGGAUGUUUGUAGAAACUUAGGUUUUUCUGGUUUUAAGUUCUUCAAGCUCAAGCCAAAUGUUACUUGAACUACUGUAUCAAUGUUUUGUGAUUGUUAUGUUACAUCAGAAGUAUGCAUUCUGUUUCUGUUUGAUUUUGAAAACCCACAAAUAUAAUGAACAGUUCGCAGGACAUUUUUGUCUUAUCAAUAUACAGUCAGAUGACAUUUUUUGCAUUAUUGAUUACACCAGCAGAGGAGUAAUACAUACUGUUAGACAUUCUUGUGCUAAAGAAAAUUUCAUAAUAUUAGUAAAAGCAUAAUUACAUUAUUGCGCACUUGGUUUAAAGCCUAUAUUGGAGUAAGUUAUUAAACAAACCCUGUCUGCGUAUCAGAAGCAAACAAUAUAUAUGGAUGCUAUCAAACCAAAUAUUUCACAGAUUCUUGAGAAAUUUGCCUCACAACUUGCCAUGUUUUUAAACUUGUAGCCACUUUUAAAUAAUUACAGAGAUGUUUACUAGAAUGUUCUUAACACAAUAAUACCAUUAAAAAUGUCACAACACCCUUUGUAGUGACAUUUUAUUUUUCACUCACUACUCUAAAACCAUCUGGGAUACUUUCCCUUGUUUUAGACAGAUCUUGAUAAUAGAGAUAAUAGAAAAAAGGUUUUUAUUCUGCAUUUCCACCAAGGAGAUCAAGCUCAGGACGUUUGGCACAAUGGACAGGAUGCAGAUGCAAUGUUUUUUUUCUGGUACAUUCAACCAUUUUUGACAGAGUGUGCCACUUAUAGCUCUUGCUGGCUCCUGGUGAUCAUUGUUCAGUUCAAGUAUUCCAUUGCAAACAUUUUUUUAAAUAAAAUGUCAGUUUUGUCAUUUUGUUGAUAAAUAUAUAAUAUGUUGAUACAUAUAUAAUAUAAUAUACUACCAGUGUACACCUACAUCAAGAUUGGAGGAGCUUGAUUUUCCCAUGGCAGAUAAUCUUACAGAAUAGUUAUAGAGGCGGAUAGCUCCGCCCACAUAUCUGUCAAUCACUGUUAAUAGCCACGUCUAAAAGAGUCUGUUAACAUCCAGCGGGGAACGGUUUACAACAUACAACUCCGAACUCUUAAAACAAAGCAGCACGGAUCCUAGGACGUGGGAGGAGCUCGCAGAUCACUUUGAAGAGGAUGCUGGAUGUGUACAGACAUGAUGCAGCACCACAGCUAAACACACAUGGGGUAUGUCACACACAUUUAGCAAACGCAGUUGCUGUGAAGUUUGUGUAUUUUUUCCCCAUCUUGCGCUACAAUGGAGCCAUCAAAGCAGCCGGUCCGCCUUCGCUCCUCUGCCCAUCACUGACUGCAGACGCUUCACUCGCGCUAUGAGCGUAUAAACAGCAGCAUCAUCAUCUGGUCUCAGGACAGGCCUCGUCAUGGCCAGAUCAGCCAACAGAAACGGUGAGGACGGAGACUCCGGGGACUCAGAAAGAGGGGAGAUGAGGGAGCUGUCUCUGGUGGAGGUGCUGAAGUGUUAUGAGCAGCCCAUUAAUGAGGAGCAGGCAUGGGCUGUGUGUUACCAGUGCUGCAGGGAGUUGAAGCCGCCGCGCCCGAACACUGUUGUUCAGUUCCUGAUCCCAGACCUGUCCGCAAUAAUCCUGCACCGAGACGGCACUAUUACCGCACAUCUAAAGCGCACUGAUGACAGUGAUGCUAACCCUGUGUCUGUGUCUGAGAAUAAGCUGGUUCAGUCCAUCGGUGUGGCCAUCUAUCAUGCUCUGGACUGGGGACUGGAUGACAGUGAAGAGCGGGAAUUAAGUCCACAGCUUGAGAAUCUGAUUGAGUUUAUGGUUGGCAAUAAAGACAGCAGCGAGGCCAAACAUUGUGCCAGUAAUUCAGCUAAAGACGAAGGCUACAGUGGCCAUGAGGAGGAGGAUGAAGAGGAGGAAGAGGGCAUGGUGCAUGGCAUUCAUACUGUCCACCAGGUGAUGAUGCUUUGUGCCAGCAGACUGGCGAAUUCAGUGUUAGCACCAGAGCAUUACCAGGCAGUGUGUCGCGCACUAUUCCUGGAGACUCUUGAACUACAGACCUUCCUAAGCAAAAUACAAGAUGCCAAAGAGGUGUCAGGGGCGUCGCACCCGUGGGGGAUAAAACACCCACACUUUUCCCGCUCUGUGUCUGUGUUUGCUGCGGCUGCCUCCUCUCCCCUCCCUCUCAAACAUGACACCGGCUUUGAGUGUGACCGGCUGAUGAUUGGCUCGUGCUGAGGAGGCGGGAACUUAUGGUUAUGGUUAUUUACAUCUCCCUUUUUCAGGUACUUUGAAUGAGUGUUUAUGCUUUUGAGGUUUUUAAAUAAGCUUGAUAUGUGUUUGGGAAGAUGUUCUGUUUAUGUUUUGUUGACAUGUCGAGUGUUUUCUGUAUUAUAUUUCGUUUUUUAGACUAAUGCUAAUUGGGAUAUUGUUCAGCAGCUAGCUAAAUUCGGUUAUGUACGAGGCAUGCAAUGUAUAAAGUAACUUUGAUGAAGAAGGCAGGGAAUUGACGAGGAGGAGGGACAAAUUGUCAUUGUUAAGCAGUGUAUUUAUGGGUUUAUUGCCAGUGCAAUUGAUUUUGAUAUUUUGAGCAUUGUUUGUUGAUUAGCUGAAUACUUUUGCGGAUACUUACAGUACCUGUUGUGUUUGAUUGUACCUGUCGAGGAGAAAAAAGUGAGAAAUGGUGUCAUUGUUUGCAUACCUGUUGAAGAACUAUGAAAGAAAAGUGUAUAUUAUUUUAAUGUUUAAAAACAGUAAAUUGUUACAUUAUUUAUACCACCAUAGAAAAAGCUUUGUGUGGGCGUUUAAAAAAAAAAAAUCUCCCCUUUUCAAGGCGCAAGUAAGCAAUUUACUUAAAGAGCAGGUUUCAUGAAUCUCAUAAAAUUACCGGCAUUUCAAUAUGUAACGUAGCUUUCCUUCAAUUUUGACGAUCUGCAAAGUUGUUAUUCCAAAAAGUCCAUGAUAAAUUAAGAUAUUGGCUUCCAAAGUAAGGAGUCGACUCCGAACCGCCCAAACAAAUCGUUAGGCUUUCGAAUCUUUUGAGUGUAACAUCGAUACAUCACAGUGUAAUGCAUCAGCACAAUGCCCGCCUUCCCGCGAAACAGGAACACUCUGACUUGUCCACUAGCACUUCAGGUAGUGUUGCGUAUACAACAUGUCGAGGGGACGCUGUGUUUUGUGCUGUGAACGCAAAUGUACUUUGUUUUUGCGCUGCCAAAGGAUGACGAUGUGAAGGAUCAGUGGCUAAUUUUUUUUCCUCCAUGAUAUACCACUGCAGUACAAUUCCAACCUUGUGUAAUGUGCUCGUCAUUUUACCGCCGACUGCUUCUCAAAUUUUGGCGAGUUCAACGCGGGAUUUGCCAGCCGCUAGACCCUUAAAGAUAAGUCAAUACCAACUUAAUUUGGACUAACAAGCGUCUCAGAACCACAAGCUGUAAGUAUGAUAAAUACGUUAUGUGUACAUGUUAAAUUGAGUGCUUACAAUAUACGUUAAAGUAAUUGUGCUAGUCCGUGUUGUAUAUUUAGUACAGCUGUAGGUUUCCAGGUAAACAACGUAUAAAUUAACAGUGUUACAGUUUUAAUAAUCCAACUCUUACCUAAUAAUGUGGAGGUUAUUGUAGACUGUUGUCGUUCUACAUGUCGUAGUAUUGUACAAACUGUAACCCUUUAUCGUUUAGUCACGGUAGCACUUUGCUAAUGUGUCUCACAUUAUGGUUUUGUCAAGUGUGCAAAGUUUAACUGUGGUCACGAUCCCCUUCAAACAAAACGGUUUGCUUGUCAUUAUUUUAAAAACGGACUACAGCACUAUAUCAUUUUAUUAUGUGAAGGUGUGUGCAUUAUGUUUGGAAGCUCUCACUAACUUGCUCAGUUACUCCUCUCUGUAUAAUCAAAGUAAUGAUCAACUUUUGGAUAGAGCCGUUGUUGCUCUCCCACAGCUAUGAUGAAAAAAGAUCAACAGAAAACAAUAGUCUGAAUGGUUUAUGAAGAUAAGUUUAUGAAGAUAAAAUCUUGUGAUAUGGUAAUACUGAUGCCAUUUUUACACACAGCGUCUUUGUUUACAAAAACCUUCCUGAGAUAAGAACUGUGGUAAUGGGCGUUUCGUUUCUGACACGCAGUGUAUGAAGAAAGACCAAUCACAACUGAUUGGGCCAGUUGGCCAAUCGGAGCACACUGGACUCGCGGUUGGGAGGAGCUUAGAGAAGCGGAACAUUUGAACAGCUUUGGAGGAAUCGUUUAGGGAUCUUUGAGGAAUGGAUAGAUACUAAAUGCUUAUUUUAAGAAAAUAGCACCGUUUUUUUACCUAUGAUGCAUUUGAACAUGUUGUUGGGGACUCUAAUACAACAUUAGGACACUUACAAAAACCUUGAAACCUGCUCUUUAAAAAUUUAGCAGUCUCAGUCACAGUCCUGUCAGACCCAUGUCACUAUCAAGCUUACCACCGAGUGUGUUUUUAUACUUUUCUAGUAUCACUCAUUUAAAUGGGAAGCUUUUUAUAUCUUGUAUGUUAUACCUUUUGUACCCUUCUGUCAUUGUAUUCAUCGUUUUUAUUGUUAACAAACAAACCACAUCCAUCCCCCGCACUUUUGAAAAGCUUGCACGCCCCUGCAAGGUGUCAUUGUGGCCUCAAAGCUUCAGCACCGCCGCUCUGAGAUCGAUUACUAUGUCUGAGGUGAAACACGCCCCAAACCAUUAGCAUACAAACAAAGAAAUAUAUAAAUAAAUUAAUGUAGAAAUAAGUAAAUGUAGGAAUAAAUACAUAUAUCCAUGAAUAAAUGUGAAAAUACAUAAAUUAGGGCUGUCGCGAUAAACCGACGAUAAAUAUCACGUGAUUUAUGCACAGCUUUUGAGUGAAGUACGGGAAAAUGCUGCUGCAUCCGAAAGCCAGAGGGCACUCUCGUGAGGAAACUCCAAAUACGCACUGCAGAAGAAGACCAUAACACGUUCAAGAAUCUAGGAAAUGCCUAUGGACAUCUUUUUAUCACUGUUACUCAAGCCUCAUCGGGUAUUUUUAUGAUAAUACAGUAUAUUUAUAAUGAUCAUGUUUGAAGGGUGUUGCUUUUUCAAAUGCACAUUAUAAGCGACUCAAACUCGCACUGCUUUUAGAUCGAGCAGCAUUUCCUACUGAUCCCAGAGCCGUGCUUCACGGACAAGCUACACAUAAAAAAAUAUCGACACAUUUCAUAUCGCAGCCAGCUUGAUUUCAAUAGGAUUUAGCGGUAUCGCGAUAAAUUAUCGUGCAGCCCAAUGUAUAAAUAAAUAAAUGAAAAAAAAAAUAAACGUGGAAAAAAUAUAUAAUUACACAUAAAUGACGAAAUAAAAGUAUAAAUACUCAUUUAUUUUUGCUUUUUUACAUUUCUUCAUGGAUUGAUUUUUGUAUUUAUUUAUUUUUAAUUUUGUCAGGUUUGGAAUUCCAUAAUAGCCUGAUGACACUGUGAAGGAGUGAGAUAAUGAGAGCUGUUGUUUUUACCUUCACUGCCAAUGGGGAUCAGUCCAAUGGGACUCACAUACUGUAUCAUUUAUAUAUUAACGUGUAUAUAUGUAUGUAUGCUGGUUUAAUUUGUAAAUGCAUUAAGAUGUUUUAACCCUUUUACUGUCACUGUUCCAAUAUUGGAACACCUAGGUUUACUUCAAUUUUCACAACUAAAUCUUAUCUAAUCAUGACAAACUAUAUAUCAUUGGAAAGGUCUAAGACUCUAGAAUACACAUUUGACCAGUGUUUUACAAAAAUAAAUUAUGUAGGAGUAGUAAUUUAUUCAUUUAUAACAAGAGUGAGCAUAAAAACUAUUAAAUGCUGCUAAAUGUCACCGUUUCAGUGGAACACUGAAGUUAUGCACUAUAAUUCCAUUUUAAUCCUGACAAACUAUACAGUAUAUCAUUGGAAAGCUCUAAGAAUGUAGAUUUUAUAUUUCAGAAUUGUUUUGCAAUAGAAAUCACUUAGUAAAAGCUUGAGUAAAAAAAUUCUCAAAUGUCACUGGGCCCAUUUGGUACCAUCAUAAAAAUUACAUAUUCAUAAUCAUAUUUUAUUGUAAAUUAAAAAAUAAAUCUAAAAAACUUCUAUAUCAUUGGAAAGC